AUGACAUCGCUAACCACCCACGGCGCCUCGGGACCGCCAGUAACUACCAAAGAUACUGUUCUUGAGACAGGAGCUUCUGUUACACAGUCCUUCGAACCAGUCAAAGCUAUCUGCGCCCACCUAAAUGCAUUCCAUGUCUAUGCUUCAGAUCCGUCUCGCUCAGUGGAAGCUAACCAUUACUGCACACACUUGAGCGCUGAUGUCAGGCAGUGCUUAAUCUACGAUGCUCCAAAGAAUCCAGCUCGGCUUAUCGGGGUAGAGUAUAUGAUCACGCCAAGAUUCUAUGAGACGCUCGAUUCUGAAGAGCGGAAGUUGUGGCAUUCGCAUGACUACGAGGGAAGUCCGACCCGAGUCCGUAGCGGUAUUCUAAUAAUGCCAAAUCCCAACGUGCCCGAUGCGAUUUGGGAAGUGGCCGAAACUGAGGAGAUGAAGGAAAUUAUCGGCCUGUAUGGCAAGACCUAUCAUUUUUGGCAAGUGGAUAGGGGUCAUACGCUACCACUCGGGAAGCCUGAGCUGAUGAUGAGCUUUACAAAAGAUGAACAGGUGCCGUGGGAGACGGUCAAGGACAGAGACGAGAGAUACGGCAUUGAAACGAGUAGAAAGAAGGGAGUUAGGGACGACAUUGAAGGUGUGGAGGUUCAUGGGGAUGCGGAUCAAUGUUGGAAAACAUAG